ACAGUCCAGAGCUCCUAGCGCGCCGAGCUCUACACCUUCCGACGGUUUUUUUCACGCAGUCGAACCCUUUCCGAGCCCUGGGACGCCCACCUCCUCGCCGCCGCCGCCGCCCGCCGGUCUCCGCCGUCGCCUUCCUCUUCAUCAUCACCGGCGUCGGCCUUCCCCCUUCAUUUUCCUGCUCUCCUCGCCGCUACCUGUCGGCCUUCGCCCUUCACUUCCCUGCUCUCCUCGCCGCUACCUCCCACCGGUCUCCGCCGUCGCCUUCCUCCCCAUCGUCACCGGCGACGGCCUUCCCCUCCGAUCUCCCCCAGUGUGAAGAACAAUUGAAACCAUUCUACUGGACAAUCAGAUAUCCUUCAAUUUAUUGAAAUCCUACAAUGUCGUAUGGUCCUGGACUUCAGUCACUAAUAGAUCAGACCAUAUCAGUCAUUACAAAUGAUGGACGACAUAUUGUGGUCAUUGGGCCUGCAGAGUUAGUCCUAAAUGGAAUUUUGAAAGGGUUUGAUCAAGCUACCAAUAUCAUUCUUGAUGAGUCACAUGAGCGGGUUUACUCUACAAAGGAAGGUGUUCAGCAACUUGUUUUGGGACUGUAUAUUAUAAGAGAAGUGUUGUGGGAGAAUUAGAUGAAGAGCUGGAUGCAAAUCUGGACCUGUCAAAACUAAGGGCACAUCCUCUCAAGCCUGUGAUCCAUUGAUCAAGUUAAUGUCCAAGCCUCUUGAUAUUUUCUCUAUACAAGAGAGAUGUCCUACAGUGAGAUUUGAGGUAUUUAGUUGUUCAAAACAAGAAUAGACCUGAUGUUUGUCCAACAGAAUGCAAGUUGUUCCUACUCUGCUAUAAUUUUUGAUGCCAACUAGGCAACAUUAUUUCUAGCAGACACAUUAGAAAAAGGCAAUGCAUCAGAACUGAAAGGAUAUAUGGAUCUAAAUGUUCUGGAAACCUUUAACCUCUUUUUUUCCUAAAAAAAUAUCAUAAGAAAUAUUGGAACGAAUGCAGUCACCCACCAAUACAACAUUUUGUUAGUUUUAUAUUUCCACAUGGCUUAAUAUUUAAGAUAAUCCAUAUCAAUUGGAUUCAAACCAUGCAAGACACGGUGAACUCUACAAUAUUUUGCAUUUUUAGCUUCAAACAUUCUAGGUGAAAAGGUGAAAUCCUUGAAAUAUUUGAUGUCUGGUCUACCUAGAAAAGGUACCUGCAGGUUAAUGCUAGAAGAUUUACAAAUGACUGCGGUAGUCCAUCUCAUAUUCGCAUGAUGGAAGGUUAAACAUGAUGGUUCAGACCAAGAUUGAGCCUUCAAACCUGACAUGGUGGUAAAAGGGUCGCAUGAUGCCUAGUC